AAAGUUUUGGCUGUGCAACCAACCAGCCUCACCAAAAAGAAUUACUGCAGUAGAUUUAUUUUUAUUUUACUUUUUCCCUCUCACCCGCCGAAGCUAUUGGCAUGGCUAUACAGUGAGUGGCUUGGACUGGGUUUUGCGGCAGCAGCCAUCUUGUUUCUCUUUGAGAGCUUUUACCCCUUUCUUCUGCGCAUCGCCGUCUUGGAACCGACCUUGAGCUCCGCCUCUCCAAUUCCGGGAAUUUCCUACCUGCAGCAGCAGACACACACGUACGAGAUUGGCAUCCAUGGGUGUUCGACACAUGACGAUGCUGCUGUGAACUGCUGCCGACCGGCCUCCAACCUUGUCCAUUUGACUCUUUUGCAGCUGGCAACAGUCGCAAAGGACAGACCGCUUCUUCCUUUUUUUUAUUUCGAAUUUUACUCUUUUCUCCAUUCUCAACAAAAGACCCCACUUUCCACUUGGGAAAUUCGAUCGAUUUGGUCUGCACCGCCGCUCCGACUCCACGAACUCCACAAAGCCCCCCCUCAAGAAUGACUGGACAGACUGUCGGUGACCAAACAGUCAACGAUCAUUUUACAGUAUAGCACAGCACUGUCCGCCCAGCUGACCCAGUCGGCGGCUUUCUCUGUUGAAACGUGCCCUUUCUUUGUGGUAUUUCUGUCGUGUAUAUCCUCUGAGUGACAAGUUCAAUCAGCCACCACAUUUGACGUUUUCUUGUUUCACUUUCAUAAGGCUUCCGGAAGGCGUUGACAACGAAAGCUUGCCAAGGGUUCGUCUCGGAUAUCGACUCCCGUUUCCCUAGCGGGUGGGUUGCUUUGUUGUUUUGACGGGAUUACUAUUAGAGUACAUUAUCCCCCCCAAUUCUUCACCUGCCCCUCCUGUCACUUGGCCGUGACUCAAUAAUCCGGUACAGCUUUUCGGCUAGCAACCCAGGGACACCCCCAACCCAGACAGGGGCCUUUUGCAGCCAAACCCUGUUGUGCAUGUCGCGCUAGAGCUGCACAACUGGGACGCCCUACAACGUGCCAAUAAAGGACUGGCUAUUUUGGAUCCUCCUGCGCGUUUGCGGGACUGCUUCGCUGGACAAGAAGUAACCGGAUACAUUCCGUAUACGGCCCAGAGAGUCCAGCCCAUAAACAAACCAAAAAACCCCCAUUGCCCAUCAGUCUCCAUAGGGGCCUGUGAAACCCAGACCGCAACUUCUGAACCCCGUCUUUUGCACACAAUUCACCCGGCAACGAGCCCUACUGCCGAGUAGAAAUCGAAGAUCAGAAAAUAAGAACAGGGCUGGCUUGCCUGACAACCCUUGGCUUCACUUCGCUUGCCCUGGACUAUUGCAAUCUGCCAGUCUCCAUCAUAGCUGGUUAACCAGGACGCCCACAGACCGCUCAUCACCGAAUUCCAAAUAAAGAACGAAAAAAAGAAAAUAACCAAAUUCCAAAGUUUCGGUACCGCUCAGCUAUACAAGACUCGAACCCCCCUUCAUUUGUCCAGACUUCUCUUUUGCCCUUGGAUCUUGCCGGUUUCGAUGCCAUCGUCAAAAGCACAUGUAAAGUCGAGGCCCAGAAGAAAUGUCUCGACUAUCGCCGAUCCCGCGCCGUGGCUCAAGAUCAAGCAUGCGUUCAAACACCACCUACCACAGCUUCCAGGAAGUUGAAAUGUUUGAAACGCCCAUGUCCUCGGGGACGUUUGCAACUUACGCCAUGACUCCCUCCAAACCGACAUCGUCAAACAUGUCGACAGAGGAUUUCGAGUCCACGCCCAUGCGCCGACAGGACUCUGGCUACGAGUCUCUGCCACCACGGAGCUCCAAGCGCAGGGCGUCGACUACGUCGUCGUCCAACUCUAACAACUCAACGCCUCGACCCCGGAAUCGCCCGGCCGUGCGUAGGUCGCCCAAGUCCGGCCCAGUCUCGUACAUGCCUCGUUCCAGCGCACAGCAGCUGUGCCGCACGCGGUCUCACUCGGCGUACACGCAGCACCAGUUGUCCCAGUCGCCAGUGACCUACUUUCACUUUCCUGCGAUGCCUGAUCCUGCCGAGGAGGCCGAUGAGACGCCGUAUUCCCAGCAGCAUCCACACAGCCACCAGGUCCGCUCAGUACCCACCAGUCUUGACUACGGCGCCCGACCGAUCCGGCCGUACUCGCCUACGACCCCCGAAACGCCCACAUCACCGUCUUACCCGCCUCUGCCGCCGCAGACGACGCACUACUGGACGAGCGACCGCACCAGGAGGCUCGAGUAUGCUGCCAUUGAUGCUGCCAGUCGCGGCGUCAGGGGCUGGGUGAUGCGGCACAUAGUGCCCGACUGCUUCAUUCCCAAGAGUAAGAAGGGUCAGCACCUCGGUUUCGACGAUGACGGUGGCAGCGUGAGGCGUUACAGACUCGAUCUGGACGAGGAUGACGUCCUCUGCCACGCCGAGAAGAACGACUCCCGGAAGCAGAAGCGAUGGCGUCUAUGGGGUGCUGCGACGACGUGAGGAAAUUAAAUCCCUCGAUUUUGCAGUCCCCGUCUAUUAUUAUCUCUGCUUAAAUUGCGGAACAACUUUCCUUUGUAGCGAAACGCGACCCAUGCCCCCUAUCACGAACAAACCACCCUGCCUCAGCCUAUUAUGACCUGCCCUUCCCCCCAUCACUCCACCAGCACAUAUCAUCUACAAUGCGUUUUAAUCACUUGAACUUCUUCGCGGCACACUUUUAUACAUUUUUGGCACACUACACUUGAUACACGUUUACACAUUGGCACCGGCGUUGUAUACCCUUGCAAUUCGCUGCACUUACACCGUACCCCUAGUCGCUUGUUAUCGCAUCACUGGAAGGAGCUGUUGAUUUUUUUUGGCUUAUGUUUUGUUUUUGGGGCAAGAAGGGAGAUUGAUAUCAUUGAUAUUUUGACCUCUCUUGCCCAUUUUGGAAUUUGGAAAUGCCUAAUGUUGGUUUUUACAUCGAGAUUGCAUCUGGGUUGCGAGAGGAAUUUGCAUGGUGGGGGCCAAGACCAAAGCGCCCCAAACGGAGUUUGUGAACUUGAACAGGAUUUACCCUGCCAAGAUGAAAUCUACACAAGAUGAAGCCGAUUGGCAAUGCUGAGUACCGGUAUUGUCAGAUUGGAUUUAGAGAUGUCAGAUAUUUUACAAGGUCAAUUACAUAAAAUAUUUGUCCCUCGCAUUAAUGUCGUUCCCCUGUUGACUAUUGCAUAUUGCAUAC